AAACUCUUGUUGAGAGAAUCAUUAUCGGUCACGCGUGAUAUACGCGUUGUGCAUGGAUUUGUCCGACAGCUAGGCCGAGCUUACUUGCCUUACUGGCAUGUAAGUAGAAUUCUGCUUGGCCGACGUCAAACACUUAUAAAACCACCUCUACGUCAGUACAAUUUUUAUGAGCAAAACGAAUGAAUUAAAGCAGAUGCGUGGGGGCAGUUCACCAUCUCCCGCAUCUCCCUUCCUUCAGCAACCCCUGUUGCCCCAUGACAACGAGCACUUUGCAGUUGCAUGUGCCGGCCAUACUCGCCUUCUCACUGCUGGUACUUUCAUGCGGGCGUUGUGCUGCCCGGGAAGUACCAGGAGAAGGCCACCUUCGGACAUGGGACUGGCACUUCAUCGAGGGCUUCGUCGUCUGCCUCAUCGUUUCCCUACUGGCAGUCCUGCUCUUCUGCGUAUGCCGUAGAGGAAAAGGCGGCGCCGUGGCGGCCGUCGAAGGCAGCCGAGAAUGGUCACGGGCAACCGCCGGGCCACCCAAGUCCGACCACUACAUGUCAAUCAACGCAAGCAUGGUGCGCAGUGCGCAGACGACCCCCGACGCGCGGCCCCGAUCCUCCGACGUCUCUCCCGAUUCCAGGCGCCUCCCGCCGUCGCCAGAGAAGCUGCUUUGGAUGCUCCUCGCCUUGCCCGUGCCCGCCGACGAGCGUGCUCCUGCAGCCACCCAAAACGGCUGGCCGCCCGUGCAGCGGCCGGAGAAGGAUGCCGUGAUUAUGGAUCCCUUCUCGCCCUGCUCACGGGCGUCCUGGGUGAGACCUAAGGAGAUUGACUACGAACGGCUUCAAGUAGCAACCAACGACUUCCACAUGAAAUCUCGGAUGCGCAAGCCGGGUUGCCAGUGGGUGGUGUACAAAGGUACCAAAUUUGUGGCCGACGACGGCUUGCCCGCUGUUGUGGUCAUCAAGAGGUUCCACGAGAUCAUUAGCACGGAGCAGAGGGAGCGUAUGGUGGACGAUCUCAGCCGCAUGACCACCCUACAACACAAGAACGUCGUAAGCCUACUCGGAUACAGCUUCGGAAAUGGUUAUUUUCAUCUGGUGUACAGCUACAUGCCCAACCGCAGCUUGGACAAACGCCUCUUCCGCGAGCCCCGCGGGACAGGCUUGACCUGGCCGCUCCGCUACAGCAUGGUCAACGACGUCGCCCGGGCGCUCUACCACCUGCACGUCACCAACGUUCCCCACGGGUCGAUCAAGGCGUCCAACAUCUUGCUCGAGCAAGACUUCGCCGCCAGGCUCCACGGGCACUUUGGCUACCAACCCGACCAGAGCAACACGCCCCGCGGUUCACUGGAGGCGGACAUGCUGCAAUUCGGUGUGCUGAUAUUGCAGGUCGUAUGUGGGCCCCAGGGGCGGAGCCAGGCUAACACGGCGCCCUGGGCCUGCUUCAUCGCUACAGUGUUCAACUGGGUUCAACAGUCCAAAAUCGCUAUAGUCAACGAAGAAAUAAAUCUUCACGGCGGCCUGGGUCCUGCCUCCCACGGCCGGGGAUCACCGACUGAACUGGUGGACUGGGUUUGGACACUUCACGGGGAAAGUCGCUUCCUCGAGGCGGUCGACCCAGCUGCGCGGGGGGACGACUUCAACUCUGCUCAGGCGACCAAGCUUCUUCUCAUCGCCCUCUCGUGCACAUACCCGGACCCAGCGGCACGGCCGACUAUCUAUGAGGUGCGCAGGAUCUUAUCAGACGAAGAUCCACUGCCAGAUGUUCCUCCAUCAAAACCCACAUGAGACACCAUUCAUACUCCCUCCAUUCCAAACACAGCCGUAGGUCUGUACUUAUAGUUUUACGUUGGUUCUAAGGCUGUUGUUUGGUUGAGUUGUAGAUUCUGAAAAAGUUGUUGUGAGCUGUGAGAAAGGUGUUGUGAACUUUCAGGUGUCGAAAAGUUGCAAGCUGUUUGACU